AUGUGCGAGCCCGAUGAUAAUACCGCCAGAAACGGCGUCACUCCUCCAUCGUCGAGGUCAAGAGAGCUUCUGAUGGAUGUCGAUGACUUGGAUCUCGACGGCUCAUGGCCUCUGGAUCAAAUCCCUUACCUAUCCUCAUCUAACCGCAUGAUAUCUCCGAUUUUCGUCACGUCUUCCUCUGAGCAGCCUUGCUCGCCUCUCUGGGCUUUCUCCGACGGUGGAGUAAACGCCAACCACGAGACCGCCGGUGGCGACGAUGAGAAGAUCAGCUCCGCCGCCUCCGCCGGUGUUCCUUCUUUCCGUCUCUCCGACUAUCCUAUCUUUCUCCCUUACGCUUCUUCUCCAUCAGUGACUGAAAACACAACAGAGAAGCAAAGCAGUUUCCAUUUCCCAUCUCCACUGAUGAGCCUAGUCCCGCCGGAGAACACAGACAACUACUGCUUAAUCAAAGAGAGGAUGACUCAGGCGCUACGCUACUUCAAAGAAUCAACGGAGCAGCAUGUCUUGGCUCAGGUCUGGGCUCCCGUGAGAAAGAACGGUCGUGAUUUGCUGACGACUUUGGGUCAACCUUUUGUUCUUAACCCUAACGGUAAUGGGCUUAAUCAAUACAGGAUGAUCUCUCUCACAUAUAUGUUUUCUGUGGAUAGUGAAAGUGACAUUGAGCUCGGGCUCCCGGGUCGGGUUUUCCGUCAGAAACUCCCCGAGUGGACUCCCAACGUUCAGUACUAUUCCAGCAAAGAGUUCUCUCGCCUUGACCACGCCUUGCACUAUAACGUGCGCGGCACGCUUGCCCUGCCCGUCUUUAACCGCUCUGGUCAGUCCUGCAUUGGUGUCGUCGAACUCAUCAUGACCUCUGAGAAGAUUCACUAUGCUCCUGAAGUUGACAGAGUUUGCAAAGCCCUUGAGGCUGUGAAUCUGAAAAGCUCAGAGAUACUUGAUCACCAAACCACUCAGAUAUGCAACGAGAGUCGUCAAAACGCGCUUGCUGAGAUUCUAGAAGUGCUUACAGUUGUAUGCGAGACUCAUAACUUGCCUCUGGCUCAGACUUGGGUGCCAUGUCAGCACGGGAGCGUUCUUGCCAACGGUGGAGGACUAAAGAAAAACUGCACCAGCUUCGACGGGAGCUGCAUGGGGCAAGUGUGCAUGUCUACAACCGACAUGGCAUGCUACGUCGUGGACGCUCACGUCUGGGGAUUCAGAGAUGCGUGUCUUGAACACCAUCUCCAGAAAGGUCAGGGAGUCGCUGGACGAGCUUUCCUCAACGGCGGAUCCUGUUUCUGCAGAGACAUUACAAAGUUCUGCAAAACGCAGUACCCGCUGGUGCAUUACGCGCUCAUGUUCAAGCUAACCACUUGCUUUGCGAUCUCUCUUCAGAGCUCUUACACUGGCGACGACAGUUACAUUCUUGAAUUCUUUCUUCCCUCGAGUAUAACAGACGAGCAAGAGCAAGAUUCGCUGCUGGCUUCGCUUUUGGUGACGAUGAAAGAACAUUUUCAGAGCUUGAGGGUUGCUUCUGGGGUUGACUUUGGUUUAGAUGACGACAAGUUGUCUUUCGAGAUCAUUUAUGCAUUACCAGACAAAAAGAUUCAUUCGAAAAUAGAAUCCAUUGUUGUUCCCUUCUCUGGCUUCAAGUCAAAUCCAACAGAGCCUCUGUGUAUUCCUCCUCAGCCUCCGGUUAAUAAGUCUUCUGAUCCGGUAAACGAGAAACUCAACGUGGCGAAUGGUAAUGGUGUGGUUAAGGAGAAGAAGAAAACAGAGAAAAAGCGCGGGAAGACUGAGAAAACGAUCAGUCUCGAUGUGCUUCAGCAGUAUUUCACCGGAAGUCUCAAAGACGCUGCAAAGAGCUUAGGAGUUUGUCCAACGACGAUGAAGAGAAUCUGCAGACAGCACGGAAUCUCGCGGUGGCCAUCAAGGAAGAUCAAGAAAGUGAACCGUUCAAUCACAAAGCUGAAACGCGUCAUCGAGUCUGUUCAAGGCACUGAUGGAGGACUCGAUUUGACUUCCAUGGCGGUUAGUUCCAUCCCUUGGACACACGGCCAAACAGCAGCAGCGCAGCAGCUUCACUCACCCACCGGUUCCAAACCGCCUGAUCUACCACCAAACACCAAUAACAUCUCACCUAACCACUGGUCAAGUGAUCACAGUCCACACGAGCAAAACGGUUCUCCCGAGUUACCACCAAGCAACGGUCACAAGCGGUCACGAACAGCGGACGAGAGCGCCGGGACACCGACCUCUCACGGCUCGUGUGACGGUAACCAGUUAGACGAAACAAAAGUCCAGAACCAAGAUCCGCUCUUCACCGUCGGUGGAUCACCGGGUCUCUUUUUCCCACCUUACUCUAGAGACCAUGAUGUAUCCGCCGCAUCGUUUUCAAUGCAGAACAGGCUUCUCGGUACUAUAGACCAUUUCCGAGGAAUGCCUAUUGAAGACGCUGGAAGCUCAAAAGAUCUGCGAAACCUCUGCUCCUCUGCGGCGUUCGACGAUAAGUUUCCGGAAUCAAACUGGAUGAACAAUGACAAUAACAGCAUCAACAACAACAACAACCUAUACGCACCUCCAAAUGAAGAGGCCGUUGCAAAUAUCACACGAGAACCAUCAGGCUCGGAGAUGAGAACGGUGACGAUCAAAGCAAGUUACAAAGAAGACAUAAUACGGUUCAGGAUAUCUUCUGGUUCGGGUAUAAUGGAAUUGAAGGAUGAAGUGGCGAAGAGGCUGAAACUUGACGCUGGUACCUUCGAUAUCAAGUAUCUUGACGAUGAUAACGAAUGGGUUUUGAUAGCUUGUGAUGCUGAUCUUCAAGAAUGUCUCGAGAUCCCUAGAUCAUCACGUACUAAUAUAGUGCGGCUCCUGGUUCAUGAUGCAACGACGAACCUCGGGAGCUCCUGCGAGAGCACGGGAGAGUUGUGA